AUGUCGAAAAAUGAACUGAACAUAAUCGGUACCACUGUUGCUAAUGAGUUGCCACCAGCUUAUUCACUUCAUCAACAUGCAUGUCUUACACUUAAUUGGACUGAUCGUCUACGACUUAUUCUAUUUCCAGCAACGAUUAUCGAUGUUAUUCGACAAGCUAUUCUCUAUAGUUGGCCUCAUGGUAUACAAGGAGAAAAACAAUAUGCGGGUGCAUAUGAAUUCAAAUUAUAUGGAACUCCUUGGCACGGUCAAGGAAACCAAGCAGUAGAGUGUCGAGUUAUGAUGUUAUCGAUUCUUUCAGCUUUACAUCAUCAUGGUUGGUAUCUUUUGAUGUCAACUGAUGUUUCCAAAAAACAGCAAGAUAAAGAUUCAUUGAUCUUUCAACUCGGCGCUCCUCAACCGGCAACAUCAUUUUUCGCUGUUUCUUUUAAUGAAGGAGAUAAAUUACGUUUGAUUGGUGCUCCACAUGAACUCAUACGUGCAGUUCAACAAACUAUUGGUAUAGAUGAAAUACAGCGCGAAGAAUGGGUUUAUUCACAAGCAGCCUAUCAAUUUAAAUUGCGCGGUUAUCCAUGGGUAGGUAAUGGAGACGAAGCGGUUACUAGUCGAAUGAAACUUCUCGCUUUACUUGACUGUUUUACAUCGUUCGGUUGGCAAUUACAUGGAAGCAUUGAUAUGAGUAUAGGUUAUCAAGGUUGUGAUACUGACACUUGGUUUUUUCGACGAAAGUCAGAUACUAAUGAAAUAAUAUUACCAAAUUCAUCCGAUUCAGUUAAUAUUGAUGAACAAACAACACCACAAAUUGAUGUUCAACAAAUUGAAAAUAACAAUAAUCAAUCGAACGAUAUAACAAAUGUUACUGAAAAUAGUUUAUCAUUAUCAAUAUCAAAUAAUGAAGCGAUUGAUUUUGGUGAAAAUGAUCCAUCAACAAUAAAUACAACAAUAAAAGAUGAAACAAAUGAUUCAUUAUGUUAA